CGGCAGGUCCUUCGUCGUCACCAGGUGCUCUUGCGAGCUCUCCGUCCGUGCACACUGUUGCUCGUGGGCGGUUCCGCCGUGGCAUGAUAUCACAGCUCUUCAUCCUCGCCCCCAACGGGCACACCAUUGUCAACAAGGACUACCGCGGCGACGUGCCGAAAGACUCGCCAGAGAUCUUUCUGCGCAAGCUAGUGGAGAAGUCGGAGGGGGAGGCGCCCAUUUUUAAUGUCGACGGCGUCAACUACAUGUGCGUGCGCAAGAAUGGCCUCUUCUUCCUCGCCACCACGCUCCACAACGUACCGCCCGCGUUUGUCAUUGAGCUGCUCACGCAGCUCACCAAGGUGUGCAAGGAUUACAUCGGCGUCCUCAGCGAGGAGUCGCUGCGGAAGAACUUCACGCUCAUCUACGAGCUGGUGGACGAGAUACUCGACUUUGGCUACCCGCAGUCCGCCUCCACCGCAGAGCUCAAGGCCUUUGUGUUUAACGAGCCGGCGCCCGUCUCGAGCGGCGCGACGGCCACCGCGCGGAUGAUGACCUCACUCAAGGCUGCGCCAAAGACGAUGUCGUCCAAGGCAGUCCACAAGCCGAUUGCGCUGCGCAGCGACGACCGGAGAGGGGAGAAGAACGAGAUCUUCGUCGACGUGAUCGACCGCAUCUCUGCCGUCUUCAACUCGUCUGGCCAGGUGCGCACCUUCUCGAUCGACGGCUCGAUCCAGAUGAAGUCGUACCUGUCUGGCUCGCCAGAGCUGCACCUCGCGCUCAACGACGAGCUCGCCAUCGCCUCGGCGGGCAAGGGCGGCUACGGCAUGGUUGAGCUCGACAACGUCAACUUCCACGAGUGUGUGCAGCUCGACAAGUUCGAGUCGGAGCGCAUGCUUGUGCUCGAGCCACCCCACGGGGAGUUUGUGCUGAUGAACUUCCACAUCGGCUCGCUGCGGCACGACGGCCAGAUCCCGUUUCGGCUCACGCCGAUCAAGAGGGGGGUGCCCGGCUUAAAGCGGGAGCUGGGGCUGCAGGUUGAGGGGGCAUUCCCCGACAAGUUCCCCGGAGCGAACGUCAAGGGGCAGUUCCCCGUCCCAAAGUUGUCGACCGGCGCUUCGGUCGAACUGGAACCGGGUGCCAAGGGGCAGACGUCCGAGUACGACGACUCGACCAAGACGGUGACGUGGGUCAUUCGCAAGUUUGUGGGCACGGCAUCGCACAGCAUCUCGUGCAAGUUUGUGGUUGGCGCGGGCUCAAAUCCGCGCAAGGAGAUGGGGCCCAUCUCGAUGACGUUCGAGAUCCCGAUGUACAAUGUCUCGAGGCUGCAGGUGCAGCACCUCAAGAUCGUCGAGCGCAACAAGUCGUAUAACCCGCACCGGUGGGUCCGCUGCCUCACCCACGCCGACAGCUACGUCUGCCGCAUCUGAUCGCGGAUCAGCCCCGCCGGCGGCAGGACGGCCGAGAGGGAGGGGGGGCGAUUUUUUUACAACCAACGAAAUCUUUUUC